AUGGCAGAGGCGGCGCAAGCUGAGGCAAGCGUUGCCAUUUCUCCCACAGAAUGCCCUCUCCAACAUCAGCGACAUCAUCGGUCAAUUUAG